AUUUCAGUCUGCUAUCGCAUCUCAACCUGAUCGGCUUCAUGCCAUAAUAUCUGGAACCCCCCAAUCUCAAAUCUCUGAAUAUACUUUUCCAUCCAUCGUAGUAUACUAUCAGCCACCAUCUCUAUACGCCUAGCCAUCGCUGCAAUUCACCAUGGCAGCGCGAGCGUCUUCCAUACUGCGCCGCUCCUUAUUAUAUGUACCUGCGUCUUCCCAAAAGAUGCUCACCAAGUCCCUGGGCUUAACAACGGACAAUGUCACGUAUGAUUUGGAAGAUUCUGUAACCCCCUCUCAAAAGGGCAAUGCUCGGAAUCAGUUGAAACAACACUUAUCUGGCCUCAAACUGCGCCCUUCCACCAUUUCGGAGCUUGCCGUUCGAAUAAAUGCAGUUUCCACCCCAUUUGCUCUCGACGACCUCAGUACGCUGGCAUCGGCGGAUCGCGUUGAUGCUGUUGUUGUGCCCAAAGUCAACUCAGCUGCCGACUUGAUGUUUGUCACCGACGUAUUGCGGCAUGUCGCACCAGCGCGGCAUGAAGAUGGCGCAACAGAUCCUAUCAAGAUCAUAGCGCUUAUCGAGUCUGCACGAGCAGUCAUGGACCUCUCAUCCAUUUGCAGAGCCUCCCCCUUUCUCAGCGGCUUGAUAUUCGCUGCUGAGGAUUUCGCACUUGAUCUUUCUAUAACAAGAACACCUUCAUUGACAGAAUUUCUCUAUGCAAGAUCGGCCAUUGUCACAGCAGCUCGAUCGUAUGAACUGCCAAGUGCCAUCGAUUUGGUAUGUACCUCUUAUCGAGGUGAUGACGGCCUGCAGACACUGGAAGAGGAGUGUAGAGGUGGAAAAGCCAUGGGAUUUAAUGGGAAACAAUGUAUACACCCCGGACAGCUAGAAACUGUCCAACGACUGUUUGCCCCUGACAUCAAGGAUGUAGAGUGGGCUGUUCGCAUCACUAUUGCCGACGAAAAGGCAGCAGCCGCUGGGCGUGGUGCGUGGACGCUGGAUGGGAAAAUGAUUGAUGCUCCAGUGGUUGGCAAGGCCCACGCAAUAGCUGCCAAAGCAGAACAAUGUGGGGUUGAUAUUCAAGACCUGAGAGCCAAGUGGAAAGAUCAAGAGCCAGAGUAGCGACAUCCAAUAUCAGCAGCCAUUCUUAGAAA